UAAUAAUUUCUCUCAAGAGAGAGAGAGAGAGAGAUACAAAUAGAUAGAAGAGUCCAUUUACCGUAUUUACUCGUAUAAUUUUUCUAAACCAUAAUAAUUUCUUCCGGAGAAAGAUUGAAACAAAUAUAUCGAGGGAAGAGGGGAAUUUUUUGAGAUCGAACGUCGCAAGGAAAAAAAAAAAAAAUAGAGAAGGUAUUUUUGUGCUAUAAUAUGGCCAUCAUGAGAUUCAAGAAAGGGAGUAAAGUUGAGGUUCUGAGCAAGAAGGAGGUGCCUUCUGGCUCAUGGCGCUGUGCUGAAAUAAUCUCUGGAAAUGGGCACAAUUAUGAUGUUAAAUAUGAUUUAUCCUCAGGCAUCACCAGUGAGGCGAUUGUGGAGAGAGUUUCUAGAAGAUCUAUUAGGCCUUGCCCUCCUCAGGCAGAAGGUGCAGAUAAUUGGGUGCCAGGUAACCUUGUAGAGGUGUUUGAUAAUAGCUCAUGGAAAAUUGCAGUAGUUUCCAAGGUUGUCAGUGGGAACUACUUUUUUGUUAGACUUCUUGGGUCCUCCCGGGAAUUCAGAGUCCACAAAUCUGAUCUCAGGGUGCGACAGUCUUGGCAAGAUGACAAGUGGAUUGUGGUUGGAAAGGUUUCUGGGAAUUGUAAAGAUGGUAAACUUAAUAAAUUGUCAACAUUGAAGUAUUGUCAGAAGUCGAGCUUCCAGUUCCAUGAGCUGCAAAAGGAGAGAAGGGCAGAACUUCAUGCAGGGGAUGAUUGUUUUCCUGUUGAAGAUAACAUUGGUUUUCGGGAAUCCCACAUGGUUUCCUCAAGAACUUUGAAGAGAGGAUCACCUUAUUGUUCAUCUUAUGAGGAAGUAUAUGCAGGAAAACCCCACAAAAUUAGAGCAGUUGAAAAAGGUUCUAGGUGCCAACGACUGAUUUCCAGUCAUCCGUCUUCAUUACACGAAAAGGUAGAUGCUGUUGCUUCACCACAAGAAUUGAUGGGUGAAAAAUACAUGCAUGCUUCCUUUAACAACAGAACUACUGGAUUUUCUGAAAUGGAACUCCAGAAGGGAAAACAAAAUGGUGGUGUCAAGUGUUUUCUUCAAAGAAGCUUAGAAUCUAAUGAUGCCGAGAGUAGUGCAUGCUCUGUUGGUAGUUGUAGUGCUAAUAGCAUCAGUCCCUAUACGUUGUACCAUCAAUCUUUUACAGAUCCUAGUGAGGAUAGGGAGAGCCAUUCUGGUGAUGCCCAAUCUUCUUGUGGGUGGGGAUAUGAGAAAAAGUAUUCCCUUCCCAUGAAAGAGGAAAUGACAGCAGAGGUCCAUAAAUUAGAAUUGCAUGCCUACCGCUGCACUAUGGAGGCAUUAUAUGCUUCUGGGUCCUUAAGUUGGGAACAAGAAGCUUUACUAACAAAUCUACGUCUUAUGCUCCAUAUUUCAAACGAUGAGCAUUUGAAGGAACUAAGGAGCCUAGUUUCUUCUGAAGCAAAUUUUCCUAUUAGUUGAUGGGAAAGGAAUUUCCUGGAACUAUACCUCCCCCCCACUACAACACAAAAAUCCUUUAACCCAUUAGGCUCAAUUCCUUCUUUCUUUAUUGCUCUCACAGGUCACAACAUUGCAAGGAGCAAAAUGAGUUGUUAUAUUUUGUAUCUCCUGUCUUGGAAAAUUCAAUGUAGUUGUCUAGAUGUGAGUUACUUUGAAAAUUUUUGUACCAUAAACUCUUACGGAGGAAUGAAAUCUAGAAUUUGAAAGGUUUCCAGGUGUA